AUGGCGCCUAUUGAUACAUUGAAAAAAAUUGGGGUGAUUGGGCCGGCAGGAUUUGGAGGCUCAUACCUCUGCGUGGAACUCAUCAACCGUGGUCAUCAUGUCUACGGGUUCUCGAGGAAACCAGAGACACUUGGAACUCAUGAGCGAUACCAUCCUAUCCAAGCAGACAUCAACAACUUGAGCAUCUCGGAGCUCGCAACACUAUUUGUCGGCUUUGAUGUGGUUGUGAACGAGUAUGGGCCUCACAGCGCUGGUCACGAAGGUCUUCAGUACAUGCCGUUUUUAGAAGUUACCAGGAAGCUAGUUCUAGCCAUCCGUAAGGCCAAAGUCGGUUACUUCAUCAUGGUGGGAGGUUGCGGAAGUCUGUCUAUGCCGGGUCAGCCGGAUCGCAGUGUCCUCGAGGACAAAGACUGGUGGAUGUCUUACCGGCGAGGAAUUGCCGACAGCGAAGCUCACGUUGUCUACAUGGAGAACAGACUCGGGCCCAUGGGCGUCGGUAUUCGCAAUUACCGGACCGCACGAGCUGCGCAGGCACAGGGAAAGGAGACGGCCGAGACGAAGAAGAUUAUCCAAGAGUAUGAGGACCACGUCCAGGCCAACGACAGGGCGCUCAUCUUCGUGACUGCAUGUAGAACAAGCUUCAUGUUUUUCGAUGGGAAUACGGCCUUCCCCUGGACCUUCGUCUCGCCGCCUGCGUUGUAUCGACCUGGACGCCGAACGGGGAGGUAUGAGCUCCGCUUUGAUGUCUUACCAGUGAAGGGAGACAAGAACGACCCGACCAAUCUUGACGGUAGACUGCAUGGGAUCUCGGCAUCAGAUUUGGCUGUCGCCAUUGCGGAUGAGGUAGAGACGCAAGAGAAAAAGUGGAAACAUUGGUCGGCGUUUGCCGACCUGUCAGAUGAUACUCCUUUUCCUCCGUAUGCAAAUCUAUAG